AUGUCAUCAGUUACCCACAGUGGGACAAUCGGAGAGGCCUCGGCCAAGGUAUGUGCGAUUCAUCCAGAAUGUGUCAUAUUUUCGGAGGAAAUGAGAGCUCAGAAUGCCUGCCUCCAAAUUCGUGAGGCAGAACCGCAACUAAAUCGAAGUGAAUGGAUGGGCUGCAGUACGGAUUGGGAUGGCCUCCAGUGUUGGCCACGAGCGGAAUUGGGCCAGGUUGUCAAUCUGUCCUGCGCGGACCUCCCGCCAUUCAUCCUCCCCAUCCUCAAACACACACAAGGCUAUGUGUUCCGGAACUGUACGAGGGAGGGCUGGAGUCUUCCAUAUAACGACACAUGUGCUUAUGGGGAGGAGCCUGUGAAUGAGGUGAGCUACUACGCCACGUUAAAGCAGGUCUACACAGCAGGAUAUUCCACCUCCCUGGUCGCGCUCAUCUCAGCUAUAAUUGUGUUUGCUGCAUUUAGGAAGUUCCACUGCAUGAGGAACUACAUCCACAUCAACCUCUUCGUCUCCUUCAUCCUGCGGGCCAGCGCCGUCUUCAUCAAGGACGCCGUGCUCACCUCGGAUGAAACACUCGACUUGACACACGACUGUGCCAUGUCCACGGUGGCGUGCAAGUGUGCGGUGGCCUUCUUUGAGUUCUGCAUCCUGGCAAACUACUUCUGGCUGCUAGUGGAGGGGGUCUACCUGCAGACCCUGUUGGCCAUGGCCUUCGUCUCACAGAGCAAGUACUUCUGGUGGUAUAUCCUCACCGGAUGGGGUGUUCCAUCCAUAGUGCUUACCAUUUGGGUCCUGGCAAGAAAUUUCUAUGACAACAGGCAAUGCUGGGACGACAGAGAAAAUCCUUUCAUCCUGUGGAUAAUUAAGGGCCCCAUAACGAUCUCCCUGCUCGUCAACUUCCUGAUCUUUGUGAAUGUGAUCCGCAUCCUGGUGCAGAAGCUCAGGUCCCCUGCGGUCGGCGGCAGCGAAGCCGGGAACUUCAUGAGGCUGGCCAAGUCCACGCUGUUCCUCAUCCCGCUCUUCGGCAUGCACUACACCGUGUGCGCCUUCCUGCCCGAGAACACCGGCGCCGACGCCCGCUACUACAUCGAGCUCGGCCUGGGCUCCUUCCAGGGUUUCGUGGUGGCUCUGCUGUACUGCUUUCUGAAUGGAGAGGUUCAGGCUGAGCUGAAGCGGCGGCUACACAAGUGGCACACACAGAACCGCCUCAGCCCCACGCGUCACCGCAUCACGCUCACACAAAUCUCCAUGCUGGAGAAACCCGACUCCUUCUGCUGUCAGAUCCAGCGCAUUACCCCUGGUGCAGCCCCACCACUGUCAGCAUCUGGCUGCCCAGAUUACUCAGCUCACCCAAGUCAGCUGCCUGGCGCUCAAAGCCCCCUCCUGCCCCCUAGUGGCCAACAGGACACAUAG